GUCGAUAUCUGUCUUGAGAGUGUGAAUCUGCAUGUUUUCAAGUGUGUGUAGGUGCAUUUAUGAGUGCUGCCUGGAAGUGAGAGUGUGCUGUAAAUUUGGAUGCAGAUGUUGAGUUUUGUUUGAUGGCUCCGAGUGAGGCUUAACGUAGGGAACGCAUCCACAGGUGUCUUUGCACGCGUUUGUGAGUGUUUUUCUGUUGAUCUUGUGCUACGGUUGGUUCUUAGUGAAUGCGAUCAGCUUUGUUCUGAAUGUGUGUUUUUAUUUGUGUUGUCUACAGCCAUCUGUUUAUGGUCUUUUAGUCAGUGUCAAGACUGAAAACCUCCCCCUUCCAGCUCUUCUUCUCUUCUCAUCCUUCUCUCUUUAUGUCAUUCUCAUUUAAGAGAUGAUCGGAGAAGCGAGGAGCCAGUGAACAGGCAGAAGCGAUGGAGCGAUGCUCCAUCUCUCCCCACAUUGGAUUCAUUCCCCUUUGGAGCUUCCUGCUGGUCACUGUAAUUUUUUGCACUGCCACCGGUGACACAGAUGACAGAAAGUGGGAGGAGUUGGGAGAAAUGCAGAUGCCAGUCACGGCGCAGGCCAGCACCACUCCGCUCUGGGCCGUGGACUGGGGUCCCACGCAGCCCCUGGAGGACGAAACCCAUCAUGUCCUGUCCAGCCUGGAGACGGCGAGUCUGAGGGUGACCACAUCUGAAGACUGGACUCAUCACCGGAGUGCGCCUACCAAUCAAACGCAACGCCCAACUAUGGGAGAGAGGGAUAAGAUAGAGACAGAGGAGCCGGACACCAAGGAAGUGGACCCACAGUUUUAUGUGACGGUAACAAUAUCAUCUCUGCUGAUUCUCUCUGCGGUCAUCAUCUCUGCUAAACUCUGUUACGACCGCAGUCUCUCCCAGCGUCCUCCACCUCUCUCCCUCGCCAUCCCUCGUUCCAUAGCUCAGGAGGACAGCAGGCAGACACUGCACAGCACUCCAUCCUUCUCCGACAGAGAGAGGAUACCAGUGGUCAAUCUUUGAAGAGCUGACUGUUCUGAGCAUGAUAAUCAAAUCCCGUGGGCAUGACACAGACUUUGGUGUGAAGUGAACUCGUGGGCAAGCCAUCCGAAUGUACAUAAAAUGCAGAUUGACACAUGUGGAUAUAAGGAUGAAUACAUCUGUUUGGACACUCUGAUGGAGACUGUGAGGUUUUGUGGUCCAAUGGCUCUUCGUUUCUGGCUGUACCUCUUUCUUCCGGUGCCGUUUGUACAGUAUUAUACUUAUACUCUCAACGCAGCCAUUCACAAGGGCUUCGGGAAUGCUAUGUCCUCUACCAUGAAAACAAUCAUUAGCUUCUGAUCUUGGAAUAAGCUGUGAUGUAUGUAGUCAUUAAUUUAGUAACCGGCGUGACAUGCUUGCAGUGGCCUAUCUCUCAUGCAUACAAAGGUUACAGCUGCCUACCGCUGCCUUUAUCACACUUUGUGUAGCAUUUAUUUGGGCUUAAUAAAUGACUGCAGUUAAUUUGAAGAGUUAAAUAUAAUUCACAUCAUCUGUUUAUAGUGUUUUGUUUCAAAUGGCUCUGUGUCUCAUGGCAACAGUGACUGCAGUGACGUCAGCUGAUAAAAACAGAUAUCUGGAAACACCUCUGCAGUGUAACCUUAUAAUUUACACUAAUUAUCUGACGAACGUUUUCGUCAUUCUGGCUCAACGUCUGUUGAGGUGUUCGUGAAACCUAAGUAACUCUUUUCCAAGUGUGUUGUUGUAUUUAUUAGCAUAAUACUUCUAAAUCAUGGCCAUAUAUCUCUUCUCGGGGGUGUCUGAGACCUUGAUAGAGAGGUAAUAAUAAGAGAGGUAAUUUUUGGUUAGCAGAGCGCUAGCACACACCAAAAUGACUGAUGUGCGUGAUAUUUCUGUGUUGAGUUUAUGGAAAGCACAAUUAAGGACAUGUAUGCAGACAAACUGAAAAACAAGCUUGGCACUUCCAUGACAUAUUUAGUUCGAAAAGCAUUUAAAAAAACAUGCCACACAAGUUUGUUUGAUGUCUCGCUACGCUAAGAACCCAUGGCUAGCGAGGCAGCUUGGGGAUUCUUAUUUAUAUUUAUGAACCGCAACUAUCAAUAGGCUUUGGGCUUUCAGAUGGUAGAAACCUUUUUAAAUCUGUUCUGUAGUCUGUGUAAAUUGCUACCGAUUUUACGUCAGUAUUUUGACAUAUUUGAUGUAUGAAACAGGAUAUUGGCUUUCUGUUCCAGAAUGGAGCCAGACUGAGCCAGACAAAUUUGCCAAAGCUCUGUGUGAAUAGCUAUCUGGCUAAUGGCUAACAUUAUCCAAUAGAGAGCAUCAGUGUCCGCCGACUUUUUCCAGUGGCCUUGAUUAUUUGAUUAAAUGAUUCAUUUUGAAUUAUAAGCCAUGAACCAAACCAGCCAGCUAUGAGGUGAAUUACAGCAUCACAAACUUUGAUUUGAAGCAAAAAUAAAUAAAUAAAAUUGAUAAUUUGACAAAAAGACAA